CUGCCAGACAUUUCCUUUCGUAAGGAACAACACCCACAGUCCUUUUCUUGUCACUGCUUGAAAGCUCUUAAUUAUUCGGUAAACAGCAAAUACAGUGCAGUCCUGGCUGCGUUUGCAGCCUCCCAGGUUGGUGUGCCGGUCUCACAACAGUGCCUCUUUCCUCUGCUGAGGGCAGUGUUGGUGUCAUUAAAAUACCAAGAAAUGCAGAGGUUUCAUUGGUGUUCUGGAAGUUGUCUUUUGCUGCUAUGGAGAAAAUAGCUAUUAUUUUUGUCCUGUCCCGCAGCUUCCAGUUCAAAGGCAAGUGAGAGUCUCCUUUGAGCCUCACUCAGAUUUGAAAAUACCCCUAAAAAAAUCAUCUCUUCCCGCCUCCACUAAAACAAAUAACCCCCCGCAUGCAUGUGUGUGUGUUGCAUGCAUUCUCAAGUGUGUUGUUGUCUGUCCUGAAAAGCGUGAAGGAAGACGUGUUUUGGAGGAACUACUUUUACCGCGUCUCCCUGAUUAAGCAGUCAGCCCAGCUCACAGCCCUGGCCGCCCAGCAGCAGGCCUCCGGGAAGGAGGAGAAGAGCCAUGGCACUGAGGAGGACCUGCCACUGGCAGAGGCAGUACGGCCCAAAACGCCACCUGUCGUAAUCAAAUCUCAGCUUAAAACUCAAGAGGAUGAAGAGGAGAUUUCGACCAGCCCAGGGGUUUCUGAGUUUGUCAGUGAUGCCUUUGAUGCCUGUAACUUAAAUCAGGAGGAUCUGAGGAAGGAAAUGGAGCAACUGGUUCUUGACAAAAAGGAGGAGGAGACAGCCAUUCUAGAAGAAGAUUCUGCAGAUUGGGAAAAAGAACUACAACAGGAACUUCAGGAAUAUGAAGUGGUGACAGAAUCAGAGAAACGAGAUGAAAACUGGGAUAAGGAAAUAGAGAAAAUGCUGCAGGAGGAAAAUUAGCUCUUUCCUGAAAUAAAAGAAUAAUGCUUAACAUUCUGUAACUGACAUUAAAUUCUAGAUGACGACACUCGCUGAAUCAGAAUGCAAAAAAGAUUGGUAUAACUACGAAAUUCAAGAUUAUUCUUUUUUCAAGCUGAAAUUUGCCUUUUUUGCGUUUAUAAAAAGUAUAUAGAACAGUUAUUCUAAUAAUCAAAAAGGGAUGUUUUAUGUAAUAUUUCUUUAAUAUAAAUCUAGAGAUAUUCAUGUAGUUACUAUGGAUAUCUUUGCCACAGAAAUGCAAGUAAAAUUUUAGAGUUCUGUUUUCCAUGAGGUCAGAAUUAUAAUUUAUUCUGCAAUUGUUUUUUCCUAAACAUUUGUACUUCUUGUUGCAUUUUCACUGAUACAUGUAUUUGUUGAAGUACUUACGUAACGGAUUGAUAACUAUCAAAAUGACCAAAUUGUACCAAAGAACUUAAGAAGAAGCACUUUCAAGACUAUUUUCUUGGUAGGUAUUUUCUAAAAUUCCCUCUAGAAGCCAAAAGGUAAGAUAAUUAUGUUGAUUUUCAUAGUGUAAACAUCACACAAUUUGACAUUGAGAAAUACUGUGCAGAAACAUUUGUUUUUUUCUGGGGCCUUUUCUUUCUUGUGUUGUUGUUUGUUUGUUUCUUUGUUUUUUUAACUAUACCACGUUUAGUAUCGUUGCUUUCCUAAAUUCCACAUCACAGUUUUUGUAGAAAGCGGGGUCUUUUGUCCUUUUUAUAUUAAUGACCUUCAUAAGCCCAUUCACCUUACAGUCUCUUGUUUUUGUUUAAAUCAUCAUCACAUAUAAAUAUUUCAGUUUUGUUUGUUUGUCUUAGUUAAACUGUCAGUCCUUAUAAAAUUGUGUUCCUCUAAGUA